AUGAGGUUAUGGAUGAUGAUGAAGUUGAAAAAGACACAAUAUCAAAAUGCCAGAACUUUUGCCACCAUCGUCAAUCCGGGCGACACCGACAACGCCGACGGCCCGGAAUUUAGUCCGACGGCCAUACAACCGCAACCUAUGGAACAAAUUGUCAUGACACCAAGGCCUCGUAGAGAAGGGGCAACAGUUUUGCUAGUUGAACGCAAAAUGGCGAAUAAUAAUAGUAGAGUGCAUAUUGCUGGAGGCGAUCACACUGGAAUUGUUAUAAACAAAGAUGCAAUUAAUGAUCAAGUUGGUCCAAUCCUCCCAGCAACAUUAUCCUUAGAAUUCCGAGUAUUCCUGGUAAAUGCAACCAGUGGCAGUCAUUCCAGAGAAUCCAGAAUUUUAAGAUUCUGGUUCAAACCAUCUUUACCAGAAUUCGAACACGCACAAAUUGCCCAAGAAUUCUUUAGGGAGCUGGUCAGCCCUCAGGAAUUUCCUCGAGAUUACGUUGGUUUUAUUAAGAAAAUUAUGAAGUUACUACAGCAUAGUUUUAAGGAUAUAAGUGCUGUCGAGGUGGAACUUAGGCAAUUGGAUGAUUCUGCACCUUUGCCUGCCAGACCAUUGUCUUCAGAUGAUAGUAUGCUUGUUGUGCAAAUUACAGUCGACAAAGUGUUAGAAUUGAUAGAAUCUGCAUAUCCAAAUCCAAUAACUAUACAGGACAUUGCUGCAGAGAAUAAUUGGGAUGAGAACGACGUGGCCGAUUGUUUGAGACAAUUGCAGGAACAAGGGCUGGUUAAGGCGAUGGAAUUGGAUUCUUAUACCAGAGUUCAACAUCAGGACACCCAAAUACAGGUUGUCAAACAAAUGCCAACGAUAGCCUCAAAUCAGCAGCCAACAAUAGCAGUGGUGACUGCCAAUUAUUGUGAAAAAUUGGCAGUCGAUGCCAUGUUGGACAACAAAGAGACGUUUGUACGAUACACAACUGUGGGUGAAUCGAAUGUAUACACUUUAGGAAAUAUUGGAAGGCACAAAAUCGUGUCAACUAAAUUACCAGCAGUAGGUCAUACCAGAGAGGCUUUGACUGCUGCUGGUAAUACCACGACCAGACUUUUGGGGACUUUCCAAAAGGUGGAAUAUGUCAUUCUGGUUGGUGUAGCUGGUGGUGUACCACAUUAUACCGAUUAUGGAAAACAUGUUCGUUUGGGAGAUGUCGUGGUAUCUGCUACUUCUUCACAAAGACCAUAUGUCUACGUCUAUCACUCUGACAAUCCAGCAGAAACGAAAACAUACAAACCCAAUGACAUGAUUCUCGAGGAUAUUAUAAGAGAACUGCACGCCACUGCCGAAAUCAGUGGUUACAUGACACCAUGGUCAAGGUACAUGGAGCAGGCUCAGAGACUGUUUGACAUCCCGAGGAGAGCAGCAGGUUUCGAUAGACCUCCUGCAGAUACUGAUAAACUUUAUAUGAGUAUAGGUGAGAGGGAUGUUAUCGAGGUGGAGCAUCCUGCUGAUCCUACCAGACUGAGUGCUGAAGGUUUAGGACAACCCCGACUGCAUUUAGGAGCUGUCUGCUGUGGUCGUGCAGCAGCCAGAGGCAACGAAGUCUCUCGAAGCCAGGCUGUGGCCAAACAUGGAGCCCUGGCCUUCGACAUGGACAUGGAUGCAGUCGUUGAAAGCGUUAUAGGAAACUGCAGGGACAGUUUUAUUUGCAUCAGGGGUAUUGCUGAUUACAGAGAUGGUAGUAGAGGCAAAGAAUGGCAGCCUUACGCCUCUUUGGCAGCAGCAAGUGUUAUGAAGGCACUUGUAUGUGCACUGGACGAACGUACACCUAGGUCACCUUAAAUUUAAUACAAAAAAAUAAUUAAUUAUUGAUAUAAUAUUUAGAUGUUUAGGCGUACACUGAUAAAUCAGUGGUUGAAAAAUUUUAGAGCCCAAGGAAAACAUUUUUAAGCCUCGUAUUGACCUAAAAGGUUUGUCUUUAAUUAAUCGAAUCUCCAAAUCUGAGAUACUGGAUUCGGAUCAAGAUAGAAGAGAUAUUCUUAGCUCCAAAAAUAUCUAUAAUUUUUUGUGUCAGUUAUAAACUGAAAUACUAAAUUUUCUUAUUUUUAUCUAAUGCCAGAAGUUCUAUAUUAAUUUUAUUACUAAGUGAUUCUUUUGGGCCUAAUAAUUUUUAAUUAAAAUAUUUAAAUAUUCACGAGGGCC